AUGAUGACUUCAUCCAUAGCAAAAAAACAUUUUAUCAAAAAUAUAUUAUUUAAUCUCGAAAUCAAUUUUUAAUACAGGGAAAAAUAAAUCCCAAAAAGCAUCGAAAUUUAAAUUUAAUUAUAUUUUGGGUAAAAUCACAUUGAUCGGUUGAAGAGGUAUUUUAAUCCUCUAAAAUAGAAGACCUCUGGAAUCAAUAAUUAAUCUUGAAUGCAGAUGAAA